CGAUGUCCCCGCGUUGGCUGUGUCUGGCGGCUGUCUUCCUGGUCGAGUGUCGCUGCCAGCAGCGAGACAGCCCCGAGCGGACGGACCUGUCCGCCUUCUUUGCGUCUCCGUCGAAACAAGAAGCCGCAGCCGCCGACCGAAGAGGCUUUGCGAGGUUCAGGAACGCGCUGCUGGGACGAGAGCCCUACCGGAGUCCUCGGUACCUGGACGUCGGUCCUGGUCGACGCGGCGGACGUUCUCUGGUGCGCCGUCGUCAGCCAUCGUUCUUCGAUAGCACGGGGCUCGAGAAACGUUUUCCCGAGGUCGACCAGCGAGGCUUCCACGAGGACAUUUUCGAGGAGAGCUUUGGGGAUUUCAGUCCCGUCAAAUGAAGCCAUCCUCGAAGACUCUCCUCGGCUCACCGAUUGUCACGGCGGCGGCGGUGAUGAAGACGGAGACGUCGCUGCUGCUGUGUCUCUCAUCCGUUUCCGUUUUUAUUCUUUAUUUAAAAGAAAAUAGAGAUGGGCUGAUUUAAGUCCGCUCGAGUCUCGCUUACGUCGUUCCAGCGUAACAUGGGGCGCAUAAAUUAGAAGAUCGGCGGAUUGAGGAGGAACUUGUCACGAAGGUGCGUCUGGGCAGUUCAAAUGUUGCGUUAAAAUUUCAUAAAGCUUAGUUAUACGGAUUAAACUGUUUAAAUAUUAGUAAUCGCUUCUUUUUUUUUUUUUGUGGGCAGGUAUUCGCCAAUCAUGGUCAAUGAUGACACCAUCGUAAUUUUUUUUGUGAUUCAGGCACGAGACCAAACUCUUUUGGCGCACUAGACGCACCACCCAAAGACACCUCUGUGGCAAGUUACAAAUCGUUCCCUUGAUCCGCUCGUGAAUGCGAUGUAUUUUACGCUGGAACAUAUAAACACUUUCUGUACACUCACCUUUUUUUUUUUUUUUCGAUCUCAAAAAUUUUAGUUUUGAAUGGUAUUCUCCUUGGAGUAUUCUCGCAGUGUCGAACCUGUCCCCUCGUGUUUGUUCACAUUCGUCUUCCGUAGCUUUCCUUAAUGUAUGUACUGUUUGUCCGCUACCGCCAAUCCUUUUAUUUUCUUCGUGUAUCUUCCAUCCUUACCCUGGUAUACUUUCACACGUUAAAAAAGCUGCUGCCCCAUCGUGGCACGCCGGUUCUUUGAAUUCCAGACAUGCAGCUCAUGUUAUCCAGGAAGACCUCUCCUUGUGUAUAGAUGUCUCCAUAGAGUUGUCUAGCUCCGACUAAAAGUGCUUCUGUUUGUUAUGUGUUUUUGUUUGUUUUCUUGAGAUGGGCAGCGUUUCUCGAACUGUUACGAUAAAAGAUGCAGAACCUCAAAAACGAUGUUGAGGUGGAAAAAAAAAAAAAAGUUGCUAUCUGGAGGAGUUAAAAAGUCAUGCUAUGCGCGCAGAGGCUUACAACAAUAAAGAUUCUCUUAAACAUGGA